AUCUGCCUGCCAAAGCUGCACUACAGAACCCAUACAUUCCUCCAACUCUCAUAUCGAUUAUCUGCAUCUCGCAAGAAGUCUCACGCAUAGAAGUGCCACCAUUGAGUAUGAUUACCGACCGUCUGACCGAAGGCAGUCACGAUUUCUCCUUCUCGUCAAUCUGGGCUGCCGUCUGGGGCUUCCUCGCCCACGCUUGGACCGCUUUCCGCAACAUAAUCAUCCAACCUCACGUGUGGCCAAUUGUUCUUGCCUAGGUCAUCACAUUCACCCUCAUCAUGCUUGUCUUCUCCAUGGUUGGGUUCGGGCCUUUGGGUCUCGUGGCAGUCCUUUUUGAAAUCGCAACAUUUGAGCCCCGCGGCUCACUAAAAGGUGAUACCACGACACUUCAGGAACCUUUGCGGAACAUUGAUGCCCGCCGUGGCUCUUUUCGCCUGUUUUGUUGCGUCCGGUAUUGCAGCAUUGGUGUGGGCUUUUGGGGUAGGGCGGUAGCCUGUGUACGAUGCCUCGACAAAGGGACAGGGUCAAAGUGCAGUAAUUGGCAAGCUAUUUGA